GCCCUGCGCAGGGGCACGGUCCGGGGAGGGCCCUGCGCCGGCAGCCGCCGAGCGGCGGCGGGGAGAUGCGGGCGGCGGGGGCCGGGCCGGCGCGGCCGCGCUGAGCUGAGCUGCGGGAGCGGCGAUGGCGUUCAGCGCCUGGCAGCUCCUGUCCCCGGUGCAGUGGGCCAGGUGGACGUGGUCGGCGGUGCGCGGCGGGGGCGCCCCCGAGGGGGAGGAUGGAGGGGUCGGGCGAGAGGCGGAGGAGGACUCGCAGGCGGAGAGCAAGUCGCUGGGCUUCAGCUCGGACUCCGAAGGUAAUUUUGAGACCCCUGAAGCAGAAACGCCAGUCCGCUCGCCGCUAAAGGAGCUCUGCGAGCCGCCGCCGGGACCGCCGCAGCCUGAGGCCGGGACCCAAGGGCACGCAGAGCUGGUGGGGGCCACCAGCCGGGACAGCUCACGGGGGCAGCGCCCCGAAGAUGCGGCGCAGCCAGAGAUCGGAGCCCCUCCAGCCGAUGCGGGGACCGAAGGGGAAAGCGGCCCUGAAGACCCAUCGCUGACACGGCCGCCGGCUGGAGCCCAGCACCCGGCCACCCUCGGGACUGGGGCUGGCGCUGGCUGCGCCACGGAGCCGGCCCCGGUGCCCCAUGCGGGCAGAGCCGCCGGCGAGCCGGUGAUGUCGGGAGGGGACCCGGCCGGUGGGGGCGCGGGGCUGGCAGAGCAGGAGGAGGAUGCCUUGGCACAGGAGGGCUCGCCCGGUCGGGGCCAGCUCCGAAAGGGAAAACCAUCUUCCCCGGGGAGGAAAGGAGAAGAAAGCGCGGAGCCUGCUGGGGAGGAGCCCACGGUGCCCCCAGCUUCCUACCACUUUGACCCCGAGCAGUACAACGAGAGCGUGAACCCCUUUGUGGCAGGGGGCUGCAAGCUGCAGAGCUCCCCUCCGACCCCCCGCCGCCUCCCACUGCCGGUGAGCGAGCCGGGAGGGGACCUGGCCCCCCAGACCAAAGGGCAGGUCCCGAAAGCUGAGGUUGAUGUCACGGAGGGUGGAGAGGGCACGGAGACACGGAGAGCCACACCAAGGAAGGGCAGCAGGAUACCGGCCAGCAAGCUGACACCAAAGAGGCACCGGGAUCCCACAAGGAAGCCUGCUGAGGAUGCAGAAAGGUGUCUGCCGGAGCCACCCCUUCCCCAGGCCCCCCCCAGGGCAGCUGCUGCGCCGUGGGACAGCCCAGACCUCAACCCUUUCAGUGGCAGCUCAGCGCUGCAGCACUCACCCACGCUCCCCAAAGGCUCUUACCAGUUCGACCCCGAUAACUUUGACUCCAUGGAUCCCUUUAAGCCCACCAAGACCCUCGCCAGUGCCACCGACUGCUGCCCCGCUGCCGACAACAGCCUGAACGAAAUCCUCGAGUCUCAGACGCUGGAGGUGCCGGAUGAGCUGGCGAAGGGCAGAGACUCCCCGAAGAAGCCCAAGUCGCGCCUGAUAACGACCACUGAACAAGUGAAAUUUCUCUGUUUUCUGUUGAGCGGCUGCAAGGUGAAGAAGUACGAGACGCAGGCGCUGGUGCUGGACGUCUGCACCCAGGAUGAGGGAGCGUUGAUCUCAGAAAUCCCAGAUAUUGCAAAUCGGGAUGGACAUGCCACUGAUGAGGAGAAGCUGGCCUCCACCACCUCUGUGCAGAAACCAGCCGGGCUGGAGAAGAAGGGAGAGCCCGAAGAUGACCUGGAGUACUUCGAGUGCUCGAAUGUCCCCGUGCCAGUGGCAAAGCACAGCGUGGAGGCAGGCAUUGAAAAGGAGCUCUCCAAGCAGACGGACAAGGACGGGCCUGGUGCCUUCCCCGGCAGCCCCGGGCUGUGCUUGACGGACAAGUCCCCCGUGGCCAUCACCAGCGGGAGCAGGAGCGAGAGCCCCCUGGAUGGCAUCUGCCUGAGCGCAUCCGAGAAGGCGGCCGUGCUCACGCUCAUCAGGGAGGAGAUAAUCACGAAGGAGAUUGAAGCCAACGAGUGGAAGAAGAAAUAUGAAGAGAGCCGUCAGGAAGUCUUGGAGAUGAGGAAAAUCGUGGCCGAGUAUGAGAAGACCAUUGCCCAGAUGAUAGAGGACGAGCAGAGGACAAACAUGACGUCCCAGAAGAACCUGCAGCAGCUCACGAUGGAAAAGGACCAGGCCCUGGCAGACCUGAACUCAGUGGAGAGGUCCCUGUCAGAUCUCUUCAGGAGAUACGAGAACCUGAAGGGCGUCCUCGAAGGCUUUAAGAAGAAUGAAGAAGCCUUGAAGAAGUGUGCCCAAGAUUAUUUAACUCGGGUCAAGCAAGAAGAGCAGCGGUAUCAGGCUCUGAAGGUCCAUGCAGAAGAAAAAUUAGACAAAGCCAACGAGGAGAUCGCCCAGGUGCGCACAAAAGCCAAAGCGGAGAGCGCGGCGCUGCACGCCGGGCUGCGCAAGGAGCAGAUGAAGGUGGAGUCCCUGGAGAGAGCCCUGCAGCAGAAGAACCAGGAGAUUGAGGAGCUGACCAAGAUCUGCGACGAGCUGAUAGCGAAGCUGGGAAGGACAGACUGAGCUCACCGCCCCUCGUCCAGCACUCUGCACUUGGCCGCUUUCCUCGUAUCUUCAAGCACUUUGCCUUAUUACCCAGGAGCACCCCCCUAGCAGAGAAGCACACAUGUGGCUGCCGGGCCCCACAGCUCCCCACGCACCCCUGGGUGGGCACCCAGGGGCUGGGGGCUUUGCUCAGCCCCCACAGGCGUGCUGCUCCUGGGGGACCCUC